AUGGACCAGCAACUCGAUUUCUCGACGCUCAACAAGUCGUUGGUCAUCAAGGCAGCCACCUUGUUCCUCAUGAUCGUGGGACUGUUGGCUUGCAUCACGCGCAUUUCCAUGAAGUGGUUCACCGUCAGGAGCUUGGGUCUGGACGAUCAACUUGCCGUUGGAGCCACGUGCUUGGCCGUUGCGCAGUCCAUCGUCGUCGUCGAAGCAACAUCCAACGGACUCGGCAAGCACGUGGGCGGACUGCAAGCUGGGCAGAUUGACCAUGUUCUCAAGUCCGAGUAUGCCGCGCACGUCAUUUUCAUUGCCAGUCUGACGCUGGCCAAACUAUCCGCCAUCACGACGCUCUGGGCGCUCGCGCCGCUCUACCACCGACGCACCGUCGUCAUCACCAGCUCUCUCGUCGUCGCCUGGACUCUUUCGUCCAUCCUCCCGGCCCUGCUGCAGUGCCAGAUGCCCAGGCCGUGGGACUACAUCUCCGGCCAGUGCUUCCAGCGGGCUGCGUUUUGGAUGUACGUGUCCGUCGGCAACAUCGUGACCGACGUCGCCAUCGUCGUCAUCAUGACCACCAUCUUCGUCAACCUUCAGCUGCCCCUGUCCAAGAAGCUGCUGGUGGGAGGGAUAUUCGGGAGCCGCAUCCUAGUCACACCCGCAAUCAUCGGCCACAUUUCGACGUGGCACGAGGCAAUCACGAACCCAGGCGACGCAACGUUCCGCAUGGUGAUGCCGACAAUCUUGGCCGAGCUGGUGCAGUGCCUGAGCAUACUGACGGCCUGCCUGCCCUACCUGAAGCCGUUUCUCGACAGCUUCCAGUCCGGGGCCAUGGUCGUCGUGGACGCCACGUCUCAGAACGCAAGAAGCAAAGGCAGCAAGGCGGGAACGGCCACGUCUGCGGCCUACGGCGGCAACAGCAAAAACGACACGAGCACCUCCAACAACAACAACAACCACAUCAACCACAACAACAUGAACAACAUGAACAACAUCAACCAGCACCAUCACAGCCAGAGCCACAGCCAAAGCCGAAGCCAUGGCCACAGCUACAGCAACAGCAGCGGCCACGGGCGGGCCGCCUCGGGCGUGACGACGCCGCGCGGCCACCCGGACGAGUUUGAGCUCGCCGAUAUGCCCUCGUCCAAGACGGCCACGACGGUGACGGCCAACCAAGGGAUGAUGGAUGCGGCCAUGGAGGCCUGGGACGGCCAGAGCCAUACGAGCCAGACGGUGCUUGUGCAGCAGUCAUGGCAGGUGGACAUUGAGCACAACUUGCCCGCGCGAGGAAACGGCAGACGGGUGUAG